ACAAGCGCAUUUUUUUUAAAGAAGAAGAAUAAAACAUUUAUUUUAUUUAUUUUAACGCAAGAGCUGUUAGAAAAUUUUUUAAUAAAGAUAAAACAAGUUUUAAACAUAUUAGUGGUAACAUAUAGCUUGACACAAAAUUUUAUGAACACAAAAAGUACAGUUGGAGGAUACUGUGGAGUAAAAACCCUAAGUAGGACGCAACAAAAUAUAAACAUUUAAACAAAAGGUAGAGAUGGUCGUGAGUGGCAGCGAGUGAGGUGAUUGUACAAACUAAAUAACAAUAAGAGGACGCGCGCGGUGGGUUUUAGAGGGAAAUUCCAAGCACAAAACGAAUUGAUGCUGACUAUGACACCCGCACACACGGACUCGCCACUGAGACGAUCCGAGGCUGCCGUUUUGAAGGAGGGCCAAAGCCACAACGUCACAAUAAACGAUGACGAAGAGGAGCGAAGACAGGCCCGUCGACGUACCAUAUUGUCCAAUGCUGGUGAUUCGGCAUGUCUUGAGGAAAACGAGACGCUAAAGAAAUGUUUGGAAAUCUAUAAUGGCAACAAAUUGAGCAAGGAUAAUGCUUGGUCCGUAUCCCUGAUUGAUACUCUGUCGACCUUGCUGGACAGGCAUCACAAAUCGUUGAACAAUUUUAAGGUUGCUGGUUCAUCUCUGGAGGCCUCUUCAAAAGUCUACAGUCUACGUGUGGACUCAAUACACACCGAUGUGUUACGCAUGUCGGCGGGAUUGAAUGCCCAAAAAUUCAAUGAAAAACAGUUGCGAGACGAUGAUGAUGAGGACGAUGUGGCCACUGGCGGUGAGGGGGGCAAUGAUCCAAACGCAAGUGCGGCGGGAGCUGAUGGAGGUGCGGCCGCCGAAAAGCCAGCCCCAAAAAAACAAAAAAAGAAGCGCAAUCUUGUAUCAACAAUCACAAAAAAUAAGGAUACCAUUAAUGCUCGCCUGGAUACGGUGCCUUUGCAAGAUCCCGUCUUUGGCAAACUCAAUUCGAUUGUGGGUUCCAUCAACUCAUCGAAUCGCCUCAUGAACAACAUACUAUUGACCACCGAUUCCGAGCUGCGUCUAAGGACAACAUUUCCCAUUUGGGAUGCCCAGCCACCGCCAGUGUGUGAUUAUACCGAAGAGGUUCCCCUGAGUACGGAAAACGAAAGUGAACUGGCGCCGUGCGAUCGGCUAUUUAAAAUUUCCAACUUCGAUGAUAUGGAAUUACGUCCCUCACAUGGAGGCUAUGUCAUAUCCGAUACGCCCAUAGAUGAUGCAAACGAUGACAAAGAUGAAACACAGCCGCGGCGUAUGAGCCUUGGGUCGGAUUGUGAGGAUGGACCACCGGGUUGUUCGGAUGGUGGCGGCGGUGGUGAUGAUAUCCACAGUUUUGCACCAUUUCACAAUGCCAAUGAAAUGGGCAUGGCUUUCGAUAUAAAUGCUGAAUGUGAACCGAUGCCUGCCUUAAGUGAAAAUGUUCCCAUAAUGGAUGUCAACUAUGAAGAGUUAGAUGAUGAUUUAACCAUUGAGGAACGCAACGCGAUACAUAACUGCCGUGGUCUACGCAAACAACCUGUACUUAUCGAAGAUUUGCGCCCCGUAGAUGCAAGUUCAAAACUAGAAUACUCUUAUCGUCCUCUCGAUAAGAUCUCACAAUUUUGGGCAGGUCCCUCACAUUGGAAAUUUAAAAGGGCUCGUCCUAGAAGUACGCUUGCUGGUCAACAGCAUCAUAUCACAGAAGAUGGGGCGGCGGCACGUAAUCAAAACCCCAAGUCGCGGCGUAACCGGCAGGCUAUCGAAAAGAAAAAGUCAAAACAAUUAAAUUUUGGUGAAUUUCACGAUGAGCUUUUUGUAAAAAUGGACGAUAGCUAUAAGAGUCGCAAGGUGAAUAUGCAAAAGAAAUGGGAUCAGCGAAAACUUAAACUGCCAAUGGAUUUACGUUUGGAUCCCCUGAGAUUUUCCUAUUAUACGCUGGCUCCUGGCCUGCCCGUAUUUGUGCAGCAAGACGAACAAGAAACCCUUAAUGCAUCGGCUGAGGCAACAUUGACGCCGAAUAAUGAAGUGGGACCUGCAGAUGAAGGACAUUUCAAUGACUGUGCCGAUGAUAUGCCCUUUAGUGAUCCCAUGGGUGGGAAUGAUGGCGUUGGGGGUGCCGACAUGGCAAAUGUAUCACAUAGUAGUGCAGGCCUCAAUGCCGAAAAUAACCCGCAAGCUGCUGAUGGCGCUAAUGCCAACGACGAUGACAAUAGAGAGAAUUUAAAUGAGACCGUCUUGGAGAUAGCCACCGAGUACGAGGGCGCUCCCUCUCAGGUAACCAAGAUCAUAGUGCCGUUUGCCAAGCGCGCCAAGGUGAUUGAUAUGAAAAAUCUCAAGCGUAGCUGUACAGUAUUAUUGCAAAAACAAUUCAAACAACCAGUGAGGGACGAAGAAAUACCCAGCCAUCCCAUACCCAAACAGGAACAAUAUCAGUCCGGUGUGGGUAGCUUCCAUGAGAUCUAUGACCAUCUACCUGAAAUAUUGCCCAAGGCCAUGGCCGAAUCAUUGUCCACCUCCAUAGCGUUCUACUCCGUACUGCACUUAGCCAAUGAGUUCGAUUUGCGGCUGAUACCCGAAGAAGACCUCAAAGAUUUCAAAAUACGCAAAGUGACGGGAUAGCUGCAUGAUACUACAUCAUAUUUUACAUUUUAUUAUAAAUAUGUCGUUAAUCAAUGUUUCUCCUUAACUAAUAAUAAUAAUACAGAGUUUAUUUGUUUAGUAUUUUAACUAUACAUACAAAAUAGGUUAAAACAAAAAUAACAAAAUAUAUAUAAAAUUAAAAACAAAAACAAA